AGCCUUUAGGUCUUACAGAUAUUUACAGACAUUGGAUCCCAAGCCGCGUCUACUUGCCCCUCCUCUGUCACCCUGACGUGGGCCAUAUUUAAGGCACAAGUGCCACGUUCUCCCUCCUUAAGUUGGUAUCUUUUUCCAGCCUCCACAUCCUAGCGUCGUAGCAAGGGGGGCUGCGAGAAGCACCAGACAUGAAGCUUUUAAUAGGCUUUGCCUUAUUGGCCAUAGCUGCGGCUGCUCCACUUGAACAGUAUUCCUUCCCAGGGAAACCCAGCUGGUCUGAUUUUGGACUCAGUGACAGCGACCUUUCUGAAGAUCUCGGGGGUUUACCUCUGUUGGAGCCUAUUUUACUCAAGAACCCAGCAGAUAUCCUGAAGAGUUUUAAACUCGGUACCCAUGUAGAAGAAAGUGAUGCUGCUGCAGAAAGCAGCUCCUCUGAAGAGGAUAACGAAGAGGCCUCUAGCGAGGAAGAAGCCGCCCCCGCUGCAGAGGAAAGCUCUGCCCCUGAAGAGGAAAGCUCCUCCUCUGAAGAGGAAAGCUCCUCCUCUGAAGAGGAAAGCUCAUCUGAAAGCUCCUCCUCAGAAGAACCAGAAGCUGCUGCUGCAGCUGAACCUGCUGCCGCUGCUGAACCUGCUGCCGCUGCUGAACCUGCCGAAGAGGCAAGCCCUGCACAGAGUGCUCCAGCCGAGGUUGCAGAGACACCCAGCCCACAGGCCGGAGCAGCUGGCAAACCCCUUGGAGUGAACAAAUUUGUUCUUCCUGGGCUGUCCUUCAAGGCGCCUCUAGAUCCUUCAUCGCUGCUGAGCAAGUACUUUAAAAGAGAAGCUGUGGGGGGGAAAAAAGGACACAGCAAAAAGUCCCGCCAUCAUGUCAGCAUACGGAGAUAAAAAAAUACGUAUGAAAUGAAGCCUUCCCCAGAAGCGAAUACAAAGCCUGCUUUACUGUCCCUCUCCUCUCUGCAUUAGUCAUUUAGCCUCUGCAUCCCUACAGCCUAAUAAAUCAUUCAGCAACAUUCCUGUACUUGUCUGGGUUCACUGGCUUCUAUAAAGGUGUUUUUAACACUCGUUA